AUUUAUCUGCCUGAUAACACACAGGAACUUUACCAGCUGGUCCGUAAUUUGGCCCUAAGUGAUGUAAUACCCGAUAAAAUAAGUAACUCAGCCCUAUUCUUUUUUGUACAUUAGCCACUCCCAGAUAUAUGUCCUUGUGUCAGUCAUGUUAAACUAGGACCGGAAACGUCAUAAACUAUAAAUAAACAAAAAAUUAAUAAACAAAUAGUAUUAUACAGUAAUUUGUCGUUUUCCCCCUGUCGCCAUGUUAAACAAACGGAAAGAGAGCACCCCGUAUCUCACAGAGCAAAGGAUCGCAUUUCUAGGACUUUGCAUUGCAUUACUUAUAAUUUCCAUAAAAAUUAUUUAUGAGGAACGAAUAACCAUGAAAAGCCUAAACGUUAACCCCAGUUUAGACUUCCAAAGUAUCUGGGACGCUUUGGAGAGUUAUAGCAGCAUAUGGUUUCCACUAUUUUGUGGAUUAAUGAUCUCAUACUUUACUUGGAUGUGCGUCUAUUUAGACUCUAAUGUGCCCGGGGUGAGUCCGCCCAGUCCAAUGUCACCAGAAAGAUAUCGAGUGCAAUCGGGACACACGUUUCACCUUAAUUACGUGUUUGCAAUAUUUAUGGGAAUCCUUACCACCAGUUACAUGUAUAUAAAUAAUAUAUCUAUGUAAGGAAGAAGGUGCACCACAAGGUGCAAUAAUGAAGAGUUUUUUUUUUGAAUAAAUAAGUUUUAGUAUAUUUUAUGAUUCUAGGACUGUUUUUUUUUUGUUACUUAUACAUAAUAAGUAUAUAAGAUGUUUAUUUAUGUAAUAUAUUUGUUGAAUAUAAA